AUAGUGCUUUGAUGACCCCAUCCAAAACAUGUGUUUGUUGUUAUCGGGUAGCUGAUCAACCUGAUACCAUCACGCAAACGCAGCCAGCAUCAUACAUAACAUUUGCUGCGCUAGUGUUUGCCGCCUUAUCUUAGCAUCCUGCACUCUGUAUGCCCCUGUCCUUCAACUGCCCACCUUGCUGAUAUCGGCCGUCCUUCAUCGUCACCUUACAGUAUCCGGGCCUCACCAUGGCUGGCGCAAAGAAAAAGAAGAAGCCAGCAGCCAACCCGGCGCGAGGCUUCGCCACGACAUCCGUUGCGUCUAAACCUCGCCUGGAGGUAGCAGAGCCGACAGGGUCUCAGCCUUCCUCGGGCGUCAACACUCCCAAGACUGCCCCUCCAGCAGCAGCAUCGGAUGGCCCCUCGUCGCAGUCGAAGCCCGCAGAGCAGAGUGGCGAGCAUGCGGCCUCCAAGAAAGUCGAAUUGAGCCCCGAGGAGUUUGAACGGCAGCUCGAGGAAUCCGAGCUGCAGCUGUUCGUAGACAAGUACGCCCAAAAGGUCAAGCGAGAUGCCCAGCGCCAAUGCUUGCGGCUGGAGACUGAUCGACGCCUGCUACGGAGCCAAGCCGAGAACCUUAACACACAAAAAUGGCUGCCGCGGGAGUUGAUGGAUCAUAUCCUGGACCUCAUCAAGGCCGAGAGCCGGUUCUAUGCGUCCAGCCUCUCGUCCGAGAAUGCUGGGCCUGGGAAGAUGCCGUCUGAAGAAGACCUGGUGUCACGCAUUUGGACGCUGCAGCAGACACUCACCAGCGCCGGCUUCUCUGCACACAUUGUCGACAAUGCUGUUCGACACAUCUUGGACAUUGCACCGAAUAUAUCGCCGGCCCCUCGAGAUUACAUCUGGGGUCUGGAGGAAGCCCUCGAGUGGCUGGCUCGUGAAUCUCCGCCGGACGAGCUGCCUUCGUACGGCAACAGGUCCAAGGCGGCCCCCAAAGGAACAUCUGCCCCGCCUUCUCGCACGAGCACCCCGAAGUUGACCUCGAAUCAAGCCACUCGGAAUGAGAAGAACAACGCGCCGAACCAACGGUCGAGCAAGACACGGUCCCAUCCAAGUGCGACAUUCAACGGCGACAUCGAACCGGAGGAUUUGAUACCAGAAUACGUUGCCACGAAGGCCAAGCUACUCGAGUUGAGCUACCUGGAAAAGACAUCGAAAAACGCCAAGCAACAAAAGGAAGACGAAUCGAAUGCGGCAUCGGUGGCUUAUCUGGAAUCCAAACUGAGGACAAUAGAAUCCGAUGUUCUGUUCGACAAGUUCUUAGCAGAGCAACAGUGGAAGAAGGACAAGGUCGACCUGGAAAAGCAACUUGCUUUGGCUAGGAAGACGGCUGCCAUUGACUCAAGCAGCCAGCCUCAGCCCGGAGAUGCCACGCCCACGCCGGAAGCAGACGACGACAUCACUGCUAUAGCCGAGCAAAUGGCAAAGGAACUCCUGGCUGAGAACAACGAGGACGAAGACAUUACGGGCUUGUUCGAGUCACUUCCACAGAGCGAGGUCGACCCGACCACCGGAAAGAUCCAGACCGUUGUCAACUCUGCCGACGGAGCACGGCUGGUUAUUCGAGAGUUUGCCAAAUGGACUGGUGUCAGCCCUAAACGCAUCUUGGAGGAAGCCUGCCACCCUUCUGUCAACAUUACCUACACUGUCGUGUCCGAGGCCACAUUCGCUAACCGCCACUCGGUGGUAAUCGGGUGGUCAAAGCCGCAGGACACUGCCCAUGUCGUGGCAAAUGCGGAUGUCGAAGCCGUGAUUGAGUCCACCCGCUUCAGAUUCACCAUGACCAAGGUUGCUACCCCCGACUUGAAGCAAUCGGAGGCUUACAUCGCCACCGCAGCGCUGUUCCACAUAUUCAGCGGUAAUCCCAAGGAAGAAAAGGUCAACCUCAGGCUUCCAAACGUCUGGCGAGAUUUCUGGUCUGAGAUGGCCGAAGCCAAGAAGGAGCACUUCGAUGCGCAGGAUCGCCAAGUCGUGAAGCAGAUCAAGGCCCUUCAAUAUCGAGAACAACUUCCAAUGUGGAAAUUCAAAGACCAUGUUCUGGAUGCUGUAGAUAAGAAUCAGGUGAUUAUUAUCUGCGGAGAGACUGGCUGUGGCAAAAGCACACAAGUACCGGCCUUUUUGCUGGAACACGAACUGUCACAAGGCAGACAGUGCAAGAUCUUCUGCACAGAGCCUCGCCGUAUUUCCGCCAUCUCUCUGGCUCGUCGAGUAAGUGAAGAGUUGGGUGAUGAAAAAGGCGAUUUAGGAACCUCGAGGUCCCUUGUCGGCUAUUCCAUCCGCCUAGAGUCGAACACGUCCAAAGAAACGCGGCUUGUGUAUGCUACGACGGGAAUUGUCAUGAGAAUGCUUGAAGGCUCUAAUGACCUUCAAGAAGUCACACAUCUCGUCCUCGACGAGGUUCAUGAACGCUCCAUUGACAGUGACUUCCUCCUCAUCGUCCUCAAACGCCUCCUGAAACGCCGCAAAGACUUAAAGGUCAUUCUUAUGUCUGCCACUGUUGACGCAGAGCGGUUUUCAGCGUACCUUGGCGGAGCGCCAGUGCUAAACGUUCCUGGCAGAACGUUCCCAGUCAUGGUUCGCUACCUCGAGGAUGCUGUUGAGCUCACUGGUUAUGUCCCAAGCAACUCAGAAACCGAUCGGAUUGUCGACCUCGAUGAUGACACGGUCGAGCCCGAAGUGGACGGACUCAAAGCCGAGAUGGUUCAGAGCCUUUCCGGUUACUCAAACAGAACCAAGGCUGUGCUCGCUCAAAUGAACGAGUACCAGAUCGACCACGACCUCAUUGUCGAAUUGAUUGCUCGCAUCGCGGUGGAUGAAUCACUACAGCAAUAUAGCAAUGCAAUCCUCGUCUUCCUACCCGGAAUGGGAGACAUUAGAUCGCUGAAUGAUCUGCUCUUGGGAGACCCUCGAUUUUCGGCUGGUUGGCUUGUCUACCCUCUGCACUCCACAAUUGCCAUGGAGGAUCAGGAGGCCGCUUUCCUGCUGCCCCCUCAGGGCAUGAGGAAGAUUGUACUAGCGACGAAUAUUGCGGAGACUGGAAUCACCAUUCCAGACGUUACUUGCGUCAUCGACACCGGCAAGCACCGGGAGAUGCGUUUCGAUGAAAAGAAGCAGCUUUCCCGGCUGAUUGAUACAUUCAUUUCGAGAGCGAACGCGAAGCAACGUAGGGGGCGUGCUGGCCGUGUGCAGAAUGGGCUGUGCUUUCACAUGUUCUCGCGGUAUCGGCACGAUACUCUGAUGAGCGACCAGCAGACUCCGGAGAUGCUGCGUCUCUCCUUGCAGGACUUGGCCAUCCGUGUCAAGAUUUGCAAGCUCGGCGGGAUAGAAGAAACCCUGGGCGACGCUUUGGACCCCCCUUCGGCCAAGAAUAUACGCCGCGCUGUGGACGCACUCGUGGACGUGCGAGCUUUGACCGGCACCGAAGACCUCACGCCCCUUGGCUACCAGUUGGCGAGAUUACCCUUGGAUGUCUUCCUGGGGAAGCUCAUCCUCCUGGGGACGAUCUUCAAAUGCCUGGACAUGGCCAUCACCGUUGCAGCCAUUCUGUCUUCCAAGUCCCCCUUUUCUGCCCCCUUUGGACAACAAACGCAAGCAAACAAUGCGAGAGCAGCAUUUCGUCGUGCGGACUCGGAUAUACUCACAACCUACAAUGCAUAUCUUGCGUGGAAGCGGGUAUGCCAGGCGAAUGGAGGUUUUGGAAAAGAAUUCCAAUUCUGCAGAAAGAAUUACCUCAACCAGCAGACGCUUACCAAUAUUGAAGACCUGAAAGGACAGCUGCUGACGUCUUUGGCCGAUUCCGGGUUUCUGUUACUGACAGAGGAGGAGCGGCGAGCGCUUCUGCGACUCCGUUUCUCCGCCGGCGGACGCGGCCGUCGACAACAGCAGUUUGUCGAGGUGCCUCAGCGGGUGAACCUCAACAGCGACAACGACAUUGUUUCGACUUCCGUUAUUGCAUGGAGCUUUUACCCCAAGCUUCUUGUGAGGGAUAUUCCAGGCUCCAAGGGGCUCCGCAACAUUGGCAACAACCAGUCCAUCAGCCUUCAUCCGACGUCUGUCAAUCGGGGGCUGUUUGAUGCGCGAUGGCUGUCAUACUACACCAUCAUGCAGACCAAAUCGGUUUAUCGUGCACAUGAAACCACUGUGACAGAGCCUUUUGCCAUAGCACUACUCUGCGGCGACGUACGCUGUGAUCUAUACUCGGGGGUGAUAGUGCUGGAUGGCAAUCGAGGUCGUUUCGCCGUCCCGGAUUGGAAGACGAUGCUCGUCAUCAAAGUCCUGCGCACACGACUGCGCGAAUUGCUCACGAGGAGCUUCAAGCAGCCUGGCAAACUGCUCACCGCCCAACAGGAGAAGUGGUUUGAUGUGUGGCAGCGCUUGUUUUCGCAGGACUUUAACCAAGACAGGACCGUCAACACCAUCACUCUGUAAAUGUUCGGCUUGAAUAUAGGUUGGGGGUUCUCUUUUUCUUCUUCUUUUUGUUUCGCCAGUCUUGCAAAGACCGGCCACGGAACAUGGAUAUAUACACAAUAGGGAAAUGCAUCUGGGAGGCAUUUGGGAUAGGCACGUCCGCCUUCUGAGGGCGAAAUGGGAAAUCUCAGGGCACGAAAACCAAGGCAGUAUUCGGAUUGGACCUUGCCAAGACUUGAUUGUUGUCCAUCAAGCACCUAGAAAUCACGACCACUACUUACGCAUAGAAUGUAUUAUAUAUAUGUCCGUACAUC